GAAGAGCAACCUGGGCCCAUUCUACUCGAGUUGCAGACUGGUCUCCCUCAGGCCUGAGAAGGAUGGGGCACCCACCAUUGUGACGCUGUCUGCACCCACCACACUGAUCCCGUGGGCCACCAUGCCUUUGUGCUGGGAGCGGAGAGCCUCCACCUGUCUGCUCUUCCUCUCGGUGGCUCCAGGCUCUGCAGCCCAGAGUUUAUCCAUCCAGAGAGAGCACCAGCUACAUUUCUGCAUCAUCAUCGGGAACCUCAGCAACCUGGAGCCCACAUCCUCGGAGUACACCGUCCUGCUGAGAGACACCCAGGACCAGGUCACCAAGCUCUACAGUGGCAGCCAGCUUUGAGACAUAUUUCA